CAUCUGGCCUGCUUGAGCAUCACCCCAAGUCUCCUUGUUCAUCACUCUGUUUUCUGGUUUACAACAUUCCUUAUCGUCUUCCAAGGUGUUUUGGUUCACUCGUUGAUGCGCCCAGUGAUAUCGUCGGUCAUGAACCUUAUGGCACUCGCGGAAGGAAGCGGCCAAACGAGACCGGGGCCGCCAGGUUCUUCAAGGCUUCGAAAGUUUCAGUCAGGCAAGGACAAGUCAAGUCUUGUAGGAGGAAGGGGAUCGAAGACUCCAUCAUCCGAGCGCGUCUGCGCCUGCCCUUUUGCAGCAUAAAUCAUGCCUGGCAGCUCUCGAUUUCUCCAGCCAUCACAAUACCGUCAUCCCCGGCCACGCAUGCGCAAGGUUGCAGGAGUAACUAAAGACGCGCAGUUGCGACUAAUUCCAGACGCGCCUUCCACCCUCCUGUUUUCCUACUUAAGGAGGGAGGCCGCUACCCGGCUGCUUGGUAACCUCUUCUCAUUGCGCUCACUCCAUCUUUCAGUCGCAAACCAUCUCACCCGUCUUCUCCAACCCCAAGCAUCAAGCGAAGUUGCGAUCCCAGACAGCCGUCGACAGCCUUUUUGGGUAAUCCACAUAUCGUCUCUCUCGCAGCUUUACGACAUCUCUUCAAUCUUGGAGUUCGUUCAGGACACCAGAGCGUUUGUUUUGGGAACAGCUCACCGCGAAGCGCGAUUCCAACUAUCUCGGACGGAAAGAAAAGCAACCAUCUUCGAGUUCGCUGCUGCCCUCGCUGUCCACCCGAGCUUUAUAUUCUUCCGCACCCUCGCAACAGAGAAAGGGAGCUAGGCAAAGGCAUCUCUCUUGGCCAUCACGACACACGAAGGGAGGCAAAGUGUUAACUGUCAAAGAGGAGACACAGUAUUCAAAGCACCAGGCGAACACGCUCGAAAAUC